GAUUUUGAAAAUAAUUUGCAAGUUGUAACCAUCAUGGCAUAUUGGAUGUACUGUAAAAUGCCUACUCCUGCCAUUGCUACUAGACAAUUUACAAUAGAACUUAUUGAAGAUUAUGCAGAAGCAGCUGGGUAUUAUAAUGUUGGUCAGUGGCUACAGGAGCUAAAAGACGGCCUGCACAAGACCUCACGGGAACUCAAUGAAGAAAAGGUAGUAGAGCUCCUGUCCCUGGAGUGCAGCUUUAUCAACACAAUCGUUAAACACAAGCGAGACAUGAGGUCUGAGAAGUUCUUUCCAAAAUUAUCACAGGUUGCCCGCGCCAUGAAGCAUUACCUCAAAUCUCGUACAGCUGCUCUCGUGAGUGACGUCUCCCUCAUGCUGUCUGCCUGCAAAAUAUCUUCUAAACUACCUCACGCUCGCCUGCCAUCUCCUGCUCUGCUGCGACAACUGCUGCUGCUCUUGGCCAGAAGCCACGCUGCCCUCACACACGCGUCUGAGCAAUGCUGUGAAGCAGCUGUGUGGCUGCAGUGCAAACUCAGCAUCAACCAGCGUCAGGGGUUGGCUUUAGCACUCUUCAGCGUUGUCAGUAGAAUACGGGCUCUUUGCCUUUACCUGCUGCCCUGCCUGGAGGGAGGCUACGCCCACCUCAGCUGCCUGCUCUGCGGGAUUCCUCUCUCUGAUGCUGCUGCUGCCCCAACUUCAGCAGCUGAUGUUGCUGAGGCGUCUGCCGGAACAAUUUUACAAGGCUUGCCAGCAACUUUAUCCAGUGACAUUGCGUCGCCAUCCAGCAACUCCGGUCAUGUCGCUGCGCCAGACAGCCCCGAACUGGCCACGUGUAGAGAGGUUACCUCGCGAGCGGCGCCUCUCCGGGCCACUAUCACCCCUUGUGAAGACCUACUUGACUUGGGGGAGGUUAUUUGUAGAUCUCCUGGGGGACAGAAGCGUCGCGGUGACACGCGUCUCGCUUCACCGAAGAAGAAGAAAAUGAAACUCUGUAAAACCGAACAGCCUCUCGGGCAGGAGUCGCUCAAGUUAGUUGGGACUUCUCAAAAAAGGUCAAAGAUUCUGAGUGAGUCAAACUCCACUAUAAAUCUGGCUGCUACGUCGCAGCCAGUUUUAAAAAAGAAGAAGAAAAGUUCAAAGCUUCUGGACGAGUCAAGCUCCACUAUAUAUUCCGCUGCGGCGCCGCAGUCACUUUUGAAAAAGGAGAAGAAAAAUGUGAAGCUACUGCAUAAGUCUUUGUCCAGCAGCGUUUUAGCUGCGACUGCAGCCUCGUCAGUGGGAGGGUUUAGCAAGGAUAAGGAGGUCGAGUCAGUUCCUAUUGCCUCUAGCUACUCCAGCGCCACCACCGGCGGUCUCGAGGGCGAGUCGCGAUCAACAAAAAAGCUCCUCAAGUCUCAGUCGAUGUUGCAGAAAAGCCGCUCGUUUAUUCAGAAGAGCUGCGCUCAGCUGCAGCUUCCUGUGUCUGGCAGUCACCAAGAAUUUGUCUCGAAACUUUUGCCUAUGAAGAAAAAGAAAAAAUUAUCUGUUGUUCAGAAGUAAAUUAUCAGAAUGAA